AUGGUUAUGAAAGCUUCUGUAGAAGAUGAUGAUUCAGGAUGGGAGCUCAGUAUACCAGAAAAAAUGGAAAAAAGCAAUACAAGCUGGGUGGACAUAACCCAAGAUUUUGAAGAAGCUUGUCGAGGUGAGUUAAAGAUGUCCCAUUUGUCCCACUUUUCCAAACUAUUUGGUCUUUUUGAAGCCAUGUCUGCUAUUGAAAUGAUGGAUCCCAAGAUGGACGCUGGAAUGAUUGGAAAUCAAGUUAAUCGGAAAGUUCUCAAUUUUGAACAAGCUAUCAAGGAUGGCACCAUUAAAAUUAAAGACCUCACCUUGCCUGAAUUGAUAGGGAUAAUGGAUACAUGCUUUUGCUGUUUGAUCACAUGGUUGGAAGGCCAUUCCUUGGCACAGACAGUAUUUACGUGCCUUUAUAUUCAUAAUCCAGACUUUAUAGAAGAUCCUGCCAUGAAAGCUUUUGCUCUGGGAAUCCUGAAAAUAUGUGACAUUGCAAGGGAAAAAGUAAAUAAAGCUGCUGUUUUUGAAGAGGAAGAUUUUCAGUCAAUGACUUAUGGAUUUAAAAUGGCUAACAGUGUAACUGAUCUUCGAGUUACAGGCAUGCUAAAAGAUGUGGAAGAUGACAUGCAAAGAAGAGUAAAGAGUACUCGAAGUCGACAAGGAGAAGAAAGAGACCCAGAAGUUGAACUAGAACAUCAACAAUGUUUAGCAGUUUUUAGCAGAGUGAAAUUUACUCGAGUGUUACUGACAGUGCUUAUAGCCUUUACAAAGAAAGAGACCAGUGCUGUUGCAGAAGCUCAAAAAUUGAUGAUUCAAGCAGCAGAUCUUUUGUCUGCCAUUCAUAAUUCAUUGCAUCAUGGCAUCCAGGCCCAGAAUGAUACCACAAAAGGAGAUCAUCCAAUUAUGAUGGGUUUUGAGCCCCUUGUUAACCAGAGACUACUUCCACCUACCUUCCCUCGAUAUGCAAAAAUAAUCAAAAGAGAAGAAAUGGUCAACUAUUUUGCAAGACUAAUAGAUAGAAUAAAAACGGUCUGUGAGGUUGUCAAUUUAACAAAUUUACAUUGUAUUCUGGAUUUUUUCUGUGAAUUUAGUGAACAGUCACCUUGUGUUCUUUCAAGAUCUCUAUUACAAACCACUUUCCUGGUGGAUAACAAAAAAGUCUUUGGAACCCAUCUCAUGCAAGACAUGGUGAAAGAUGCACUUCGGUCUUUUGUCAGUCCUCCGGUGCUUUCUCCCAAGUGCUGCCUAUAUAAUAAUCACCAGGCUAAGGACUGUAUUGAUUCCUUUGUUACUCACUGUGUUCGGCCAUUUUGUAGUCUUAUUCAGAUCCAUGGACAUAACAGGGCUCGACAGAGAGAUAAGCUGGGUCAUAUUCUUGAGGAAUUUGCUACCCUACAGGAUGAGGCUGAGAAGGUUGAUGCAGCACUUCACACUAUGCUCUUGAAACAAGAACCCCAAAGGCAGCAUUUGGCCUGCUUAGGUACCUGGGUCCUUUACCAUAAUCUUCGAAUUAUGAUACAGUAUCUUCUAAGUGGCUUUGAAUUGGAACUCUACAGCAUGCACGAGUACUACUACAUAUAUUGGUAUCUCUCUGAAUUCCUUUAUGCCUGGUUGAUGUCAACAUUGAGUCGUGCUGAUGGCUCUCAAAUGGCAGAGGAAAGAAUAAUGGAAGAGCAGCAGAAAGGCCGUAGCAGUAAAAAAACAAAGAAAAAGAAGAAAGUUCGUCCAUUGAGCCGAGAGAUCACAAUGAGCCAGGCAUAUCAGAACAUGUGUGCUGGGAUGUUUAAGACCAUGGUAGCAUUUGACAUGGAUGGCAAAGUACGAAAACCCAAGUUUGAGCUUGAUAGUGAACAAGUUCGAUAUGAACACAGGUUUGCUCCCUUCAACAGUGUAAUGACACCACCACCAGUGCACUAUCUACAGUUUAAGGAAAUGUCUGACCUCAAUAAGUACAGCCCUCCUCCUCAGUCUCCAGAACUGUAUGUGGCAGCUAGUAAGCACUUUCAGCAGGCAAAAAUGAUUCUGGAAAAUGUUCCAAACCCAGACCAUGAGGUCAAUAGAAUAUUAAAGGUUGCCAAACCCAACUUUGUGGUUAUGAAGUUAUUGGCAGGAGGACAUAAAAAGGAAUCUAAGGUUCCUCCUGAGUUUGAUUUCUCUGCCCACAAAUAUUUUCCUGUUGUGAAACUUGUUUGA